AUGUCCACUGUUGAAUCAUGGUUUAUUCCGUUCGAUAUUAUCUUAGUUGUCAGCACUGGUUUCGCUGGUCUAUCAGGAGUUAUUUUCGUGCUUAUUAUCAUUUUCGAUAAAAUAUGUCACACUGUUCCAAUGUUAUUAGUCGCCAAUACAUCAUUGACUGCGAUUCUGUUUGGAUUCAGUAUGUUCAGCUUGGCAAUGUUCACACUACAAAGUGAUCUUCGACAAGUUCAAACGUACGAUGUAUUUUGUAUCGUUCGCUCUUACAUUGCUUAUGGUGCAUGUGCAAUAUUCAAUUUCUCAUUUACUCUACAAGCAUUCUAUCGGUACCUACUGAUCACCUAUCCGAACCGUCUACUUUAUCAAUCAGCAAGAUUUCAGUUGCAACUUAUACUUCUCACCUGGAUGUACGGCUUCAUUGUUCCCAUUGAGUUUGUUGCGCGAGGUGAAGUGGUGUACAGUGGUGACAAUCAAAUCUGUCAAAUACCACUUGGACUAUCGUUCUCUAUUAUCUACAUGGCUAGCUGUGUUUAUGUAUUUCCGAUCUUCUUAACAAUGAUCAUUUAUUAUAAAGUAAUCCGUUACGUUAAGCAAAUGAAUGCUCGAACCACAUCUGUUAAUACUGUAUUGCGUGCGCGGUAUGAAUUGAAAAUGGUGAGACGUAUAAUUAUCAUAAUAGUGAUUUUAUUAGCUCUUGGUUUGACAUACUUUAUCUUCAUUUUAAUGUCGUUUUUUACAACUCCACCAAAGUACCAUUUUCGAAUUGCGUUCAUGUUUCUCGAUGUGUCGAUGGCAGGUGUCAUGCUUGUUGUGUUUAAAUUUACUGAUCAUUUGCGAAGUUUUAUGAAAACUAGAAGGAACAUGGAACAAGGCACGGUUGCAGUUAUAUGGAUCGGAUCUUGA